AUGCCUUACACGCCGCCCACCCAGCGGUCGCCUGCAACCUCCAAGCCCAACAGUCCCAUCCUCAGCCGCAACCAUUCCUACAGCGAGCAGUAUCCGCUCUCGCCCGCCAAUGCCUCGAGACCGGCGCUGCCUCGCUCCGUGUCGUCCACGUCGUACCUGAACAAGCACCGACGCUCGCCCUCGAUCGCCUCCUCCAACACCACUGCAAAUGGUCAGGCAAACGGCAGCGUAGUUCCUCCCUCGGAAGCCCACCGCAGCCAUGGGCCGUCUUCACAUGGUAGCCUCCGUCAGUCUCCACCGCCUGUAAACAAUCUUCUGAUUCCGUCAGGUGCCGUCACCACGCCUCCUGAUUCUUCCGACGACGACGAGGAGCGAGGACGGAACAUCGGCAACCUGAAGGAGCUUCAAGAAGCCCUGCAGCACAUCGACGUCAAGCGAGGAGCCUCACCCACCCGCGAUGGCGCUGCAGACACGCCCAACAACACCACCGCCUCAUCAGUCUCGACCACUACCCCCGCUCGGUCCCUCUCCGCUGAGGCCCGCAGGAUCUCCCACUCCCGCUCCUCCAGCGAGAUAACCCUUUCCCAGCAUGCAGUCCCGCCUCUAAAUACGGAGCCUAUCCUCAGUUCUUCCGAAGAUAGCGACGUCGAGGAUGACGAGCUGCGGAUAAAACCGCCGCUCCUUCGCAAGAAGUCUGGUGAGCUGGUGAAGCCAGCCCUGCGGCCUUCCUCCCGCCGAAGGCCGUCCAGCAUGCCUGGGACACCGACCUAUUCGAAGGCCGUGCAUUUCAACGAGGACAUCGAGCAAGUGAGGCACUUCCUACAGGUCGACCGCCCUAUUGCCGUCAGUGCCGGCUCCUCACCCGUUGAUACCUACGAUAGCGAGGGCGAGUAUCCUUUCCAUGAUGACAACCGCACCAAGGAGCCAGACUGGGAGAUCAAGCUCGCCAACUUCCCCACAGCAGACACCUACGAGCGGCGGACUGCACCAGUCCGCGUCGAACGCAUCUUCUUGGCUUCCGACAACAAGACUCUCGUUGGCAAUGUGGCUGUUGCGAACAUUGCCUUCCACAAAUUUGUUGUUGCUCGAUUCACACUCGACUAUUGGAAGACGACCUCGGAGGUCGUCGCCGAGUACAAUCACGAUGUUCGCAAGAAGCAGAAGGAUGAUGGUUACGACCGAUUCAAUUUCAACAUCAAGUUGGCUGACCAAGCGAACCUGGAGUCGAAGACCCUGCUACUGUGUGUUCGUUAUCAGGUGAACGGGCAGGAGUUCUGGGAUAACAAUGCCUCUAUCAACUACCAGGUCGACUUCGUCAAGAAGACCAAGCAGAAGGCAGCGAAGAGCAACACCAGCACUCUGCGUGCCAUCCCUCGUAGUCGACACUCGCCUCCUGCUCCUCGACCUCGCUCCAUGCCGGUUGGGUCAUUCGACGAUGACUUUGGGCAUGGUUUCGACUCGAAGUUUGAGUUCGGCACCGGUCGAGGCAUCUUCGGUGAUUCACCCAACUCCUCCAUCCGCCUCAAGCCGAAGAACAAGCGCGGGACCAUCUUCCCCGACCAGGCACCUCGCCGACAGGGUGCAGGCCAAGCCUUCUCUACCCGCUAUGACUUCGGUGCGUCGCUUUCGGCAGCAUUGUCGAACGCGCAGACUGCUUUGGGUGACCGCAGCGGCAUCAAACCUAACGGUGCUGACAAGGCACGGAAGGGUUACUUCGACCGAGCCUCUGCUCUAGGAAACGUGAAUGCCUCGGCCCCAGUUCCUGGUACCCGACCCGAUAAGCUGUCUUCCGAGAAGCCCGACCUGCAAUCGGCGGAGUACAAUGAGUUGAUUCAGAAGUUUUGUUUCUAUGGCACCCCUUCCAAGGGCUCCCCGCAGGCUACUACUCCAGCCACCAAGAACUCGCAUAUUGAUGGGGCAACGGACUAUAUCAUCAACAACAGCUCUGGAAGCAAUCAAUCGUCCGCGUCGAACAGCCCUCCGUCUCCUGCCAUACCGGUCUUGGUCGAUGGUGCCAACGAUUCUAGGUCUACAUCUCGUAGCCCUUUUUUAUCCCGCUCGACGUCUCCCGGCCCAGUCACAGGAUCGGGUCCUGAGGAUCAUAUAACCUCUUCCUUCCAGUAUGGAUACACCAUGCACGGCGGCAUCUUUCCUGAGCCGAGCCACACCCCUCAAGCUUGUGUCUAG